AUGAGGACGUUCAUCGCGAACAUUGCUUUGUUUGCUAGCGCUUCGGCGGCCUUCAGUAGCCUUCCCAGCAUUUCCAGUGACGCAUCUGUCUCGUCUCGGAGUGCCGAUGGUCAAGGUAACUACAAAUUCAGUUACAACGAAAAGCAUUCAACAGGCGGCUCGUUUCGUUUAGAAAGCGGUAAUGCCUAUGGAGGUGUAACUGGAUCGUAUGGGCUUGUGGACGCAGAUGGCCGUCAACGAAUUGUUACAUAUGUGGCCGAUGCAAAUGGUUUUCGCGCUUCGAUCAAAACUAACGAGCCUGGAACGGUGCCGAAUUGGCCAGUAAUUGCAGACCUUUCCUCCAGCAACCUUCGAAAGAACCCUGAAAGUAACGGUCAAGAGAGGAUCAUUCAAAGUACCCCGGGGAUCUACACUCACUUGCCCGUGAUCCCUAGUUUCGUUGGUUCUCCGCCAACGCACUCUACGCGCAUCACGCAUUCCGCAGCUCCCGUGGUGACUCAUCACGUUCCCGUGGCGUCCGUAGCACCUGUAUCGCCUCCGAUCAACUUCAAUACAUAUUCAACUCGGUCUCCGAAUUUCCGCGAAGUAACACCGUUGAGUGUCUAUACAGGAGUUCCCAUUUUGCCUCUACUCCGCGCUACUCCGAUUUCGUACUCGCAUCGAGUGACUCACCGUGCUCUUGCACCCGUUUCCCCAGCUGGGCCCGUGACUGUUUCUCCGAUUGGGCCUGCUGUAGCGCUGUCCCGAGUCUCGUUCCCUAGAUCUAGUACUUAUUCGUCUCGAAUUGUCCCCCACGCAAAUCAAGCCGCAAGGCCUGUCUCUUACUCUUCACAGAUAGCCCACGAGGCGCAGGCACCAAAGAUGCCAGCGUUCAACCAUGUGUUUAAGCAAGUGGCCCCCGUACCGCUGGAUAGUUCUCCGUUAUUUGAGACUCCUCGCACAUCUUCAUUGAUUGGAUCGUCGGUGCUGGCUGGAACGAAGUGAUACGCGUCUCUUGCAAUGCUC